GGCUAUCAGUCUCGGUUCCUGCCCAAUUCCAUAAAGAAUUCACGCCACCUCUGCCUGCAUUUAUUUCCUUAAAUCAGCAGCGACACGAAGUACUUCCCUCCAAGUCUCUUCAAACUAGUUUGAUUAGAUGUUUUAAUACAAAUAAGGCAGCUUCUGCUGAAUCUGAAGAAAAUGAAAAACCAAAUAAGGGGUAUUUUUCCAGAGAUACAAUUGCUGAUGCUGCAGCUAGGAUUGCUCCUGCAGUUGCUAAUCUAUAUGCAAAAAAAGGAGGGAGAGAGGAAGAAGGGGAGAUGGGUUCUGGAACUGUCAUUCAUGAGGAUGGCUACAUUUUAACAUGUUCUCAUCUUUUCUUUGACAAAACUGACGUGACAUAUGCAGCAGAUGGGAAGGUUACUGUACAUACUCAAGACGUGGAGAGAGGCCAUGUUGUUGAUGCUUAUGUUGAUCUUGACAUUGCCAUUGUAAAGAUUGAUACCCCAAGUUCUGCCCUUUCAACAGCAAAAGUUGGCUCAAGUAGUAAGCUUCGUCCUGGAGACUGGGCAAUAGCCAUAGGCUGUCCACUUUCCCUUCAACACACAGUUACGCUCGGGAUUAUCAGCUGUGUUAAUCGCAAGAGCAAUGAGUUGAAACGUGGAGGAAUGGCCAUGGAGUAUCUACAGACAGACUGUGCAAUCAAUCCAGGAAAUUCUGGUGGUCCACUUUGCAAUAUUGAUGGAGAAUUAGUUGGUGUCAAUGUUGAGACUAUGAAGUUGGAUAAAGCAUCUGGAGUGAGCUUUGCUGUACCGGUUGACUUUAUUUCAGCAAUCAUAAAGCCCUUCCAGAGUUGUCAGAUUCCUGCACAACCAUAUUUCGGGUGGGUUAUGCGGAAUGCCAGUAAGAAGAACUUCAAAACACUGAAGCAACAUUACCCCACAUUUCCUAAUGCUGCUGUAGAAGGUGUAUUUGUACAGAAGGUAAUAAAAGGAUCCCCUGCUGAUCGUGCUGGCGUUCAAGCUGGUGAUGUCAUCGUGGAUUUUAAUGGAGAAAAAGUUCGCCAUAUGAAUGAGAUGUUGGACGUUAUGGGGAAGAAAUCGGGGGCAACCGUCAAUGUAAUUGUGAGGAGAGUCAAGUUUGGCAAGGAUCGUGUGGUUCCUCUGACCAUAACUUUCGAGCAGAAAGAUGUCGCCACUCCGAGGCCUCGACUUUGA